CGCUCGACUUCAAUUUACCCUUUCCAUUUCCUCCUUAUCCAAAACCUAAAUUAUCAAUUCCUCUACAACCUCCUCAAUAAUGCCAAACAGCUAUCGAAAGCGUCAGCCCGUGCCUCACCAUCACCCCUCUUCCACACGCCUUUCCUCGUCCGCCGCUACCAUACACACUUUCUCUGACAAAUCCAUCUCCGAAUCCUCCCGAAAGCUCCACCGCACCUACUCCGUUACUUCCUCCUUCAAUGAUCCCUACACCGCCGACGUUUUGCUCCGCAUCUUCGUUGACCGUUCCGCAUUUGACUCCGAUGCACCCUCUGAUUCUACCCGUCAAUCCGACAUCCAGAUCUAUCUCCACACCGAUGUCAUCCGCCGCGCAAAAUAUUUCGCGGCUCUUUUGUCUGACUGUUGGCAACACCAGACGAGGCCCGACGCAAACAGUGACAAUGGCGCAGAAGGUUCUCGAAGCAAUGAUCAGGAUAAUAAUAAAAAUCUAGUUCGUUUAAACCUCGGCGUCUCCGACAACGAUCCGAACUCAAUAACCGUCCGUUUAACCGUCCUUCAACUGCUUUACACGAGCGAUUUCGCAACCGUCAUCAACUCCGCUUCCACAGCAAUCGAAAUCCUCCCUGUGGCACUGGAAUUACUCUUCGAGGAUUGCGUGAAAUCGUGUUUGAAAUUCUUGGAAGCCGUGCCGUGGAGCGAGGAGGAGGAGAAGAGAGUGUUGAGCUUGAUCCCCUUCUUGCGCGAGGAAGAGUCGAAGGAACUUCUUGCCCGCGUUUCGCCGGGGAAAGAUGAUUCAUGCGAAGAUAUGUUGCACGGUUUGAUUUUAUCGGCGAUUCAUAACCAUCCCAACAUGGCGUUCGUCAAAGCGUUUGUGGCCAAGCUUCUGAGGGAUUUCUCAUCGCGGGAAUCGGCCAGGAGGGUUUUGGAGAGGUCAUUCGAGAGUAGUUUGAAGGUUGUGAAGGAGAGCUUGGAAGAGUAUACGAGCCCUGAUUUUAGAGGGGAUCAUAACGAGACGGAGGCGAUACAGAGGUUAAAUUUGCAUACGGCGAUGACUAAUGGGAGACAUUUGUUGUGGUUGGUUGAGAGGAUGAUUGAGUUGAGGGUGGCGGAUUCGGCUGUGAGGGAAUGGAGUGAGCAGGCUUCGUUUACAGCGGAUUUGCAGAGAGCGUUUAGGGAUGAUGCUUGGAGGAAUAUUGUUCCGGGACUCCCUUCUGUCGUGCUUCGGUGUACUUGUAAGCUUGCCAAUGCGGUUGCUGCUGGAACUAUUUUGGCUGCUAGACAGGUUAGAAUGAAGCUUGUGAAAGACUGGCUUCCCGUUCUGCUUGUGUGCAAAGAUAAUGUCUCACCUACGCUGCCCAGCCAUAAAACACUGUACCUGGAAUUGGAGGAGACAUUCCUGAGAAUCAUCUCAACACUGCCAAUGUCGGAUGCACAGAUAUUGUUGCAACAAUGUCUCAGCUUCUCAACCCGAAAUGUCGAGGAUUGCCCCCACUUGAUCACAGCUUUCAAUACAUGGUUUCGCAGGGCAACUCAACCACCUCAACUCGAAAAUCUUGAUUAGAAAAAGCAGUAUUUACGCUAUGGUGGUGGUAGGCUGAUAGGCGAUUAGUCACCCCCUUGGUGCCGUUCCAAUGAUGUUCGGUUCGGUUUUCUCUGUCGGUCUUUUGUGCAUAUACCAGACUGGUGCAUUGAUGUGCUAGAGUCAAACCGGCUUCUUUGUACAUAAAACUGGAUAUAUCCCCAAUGUCUCGAUCAAUGUUCUCAACAGAGGCGAAAACUGAAAACUUUUGAUGCUUUUCUGAUGUGAAAUGUGUUGGUUGAAUUGUGCUUUUGGUAUUUUACCAGGGCGUUGUUAGAUUGAAAUAUUUUAUGUUGUUGCA